UUGGAGAUCGAGAUCGAGUCCUCGUACUUCGAGUUUGCGAUUGUCCUUGUUAGAAUAAAACACUUUGAAAUCUUAUCUUGUCAAAAGGCUCUUUAAACCCUGUAGUGACGUCACCUUUCUCUUAGGAAUUAGCAUCUCCAUCCACCUUGAUCUUGUUAUUAAUUUCUCCUAGUAAAAGUGUAUCUCAGUUAUGUAAAAUACUUGAAAACAGCUUCCCAAUGCAGUUGCGUGCAGAUGGAGAAGAUGGUGAAAGGGGCAUAAAAGCUCUCAGUUCUAUUCAAAGAUUCCUCUUGAAAUUGGGGUGCAUUUUUUUACGCGUACAAGAACAUGACCUUCUCUGGGGGCCUUUUCCUUAGCAAGAUAACUCAAAUACAAAGGGGAAUACCCAAGAUGAAGUCUACUUGGUGAGUCCCUACGACCUUUUUGCUGCAGAUUUGGGUGUUUGUGAUCUCAUUUCCCAUAAUCACGACCCGCCAAUGGCUGUUAGAUUCUACAAGGACCCACCAACUUUUUCACACAUAAGCUAAUUUUUAAUCAUUUCAUUGCCUGGUGUGAUGGCCACCACAUCCUUUCUCUACUUGAACAACAAUAAUGCACAAUAAUAAGUGAAUGCAUGGUACCAUUUUCUGCACAAAAGACAUUCCCAGCCAGACUGCAGAUUGACAAGAGUCUCUCUCUCUCUCUCUCUCUCUCUCUCUCUCUCUCUCUCUCUCUCUCCCCACUGCUUUCUGAUUCUGUUAUCCCUCCCCAGAGGUUUGCUAACAUCCAUAGAUUCGAAAAUCAAAAGUGAGAAUUUCAGGUACUGUUUUAGAUCUCAGCAUUUGUCCUCAAAAUAAUCUGAGUUAUGGACGGUCGUCAGCAGCAAAAGAACAGAGAGAAACUAGUAAACAAUCAGCAUGAAGAUAGGAAGUCAAAAAAAGAAGGAAAAGAAGGCUUAGCACCGAAGGAACAGUCACCUACAUCCCCUGUCUCACCACCUUCAGCAACUUCCUCCCCAUCUCAUGAAUUCUCCUUCACAAUUUCCCUCCACUCUUCCUCAACGGCAAUCCCUGACAAAACCAAUGCGCCACCUUCAUUUGCAGUUGAUUUGACUCCUGCAGAUGACAUUUUCUUCCAUGGCCACUUGCUUCCUCUCCACCUCCUUGCUAACCUUCCCGUGUCUGCCAGCUCCUCUACCAAUUCCUUGGACAGCUUCACUCUCCCAAUCGGAGGUUUAUUAGACGAUCAAGAUCCCAAUAAAGGCAGCAGCAACUGCAGCACCAGCAACAGAAGCAACAUCACCAACACGAAUACUGAAACCAGCCACCUUCAAAGCAGCGAUGGUGAGACAAAGGGAAGAGUCAAGUCAAAGUCUUUCUCGUUAUUCGGAUUAAUAAGAUGGAGAAAAGGGUGUGAAGUUAGAGAGAAGGAAGAUAAGGAGAAGCCAAAGAGGAAGCUGAGGUUUGAUGUCAGUCAUGUACUAAAAAGGUACGUAAGAUUGGUCAAGCCACUGUUGUUCUUCAGGAGGAAAGGAGAGAAUAUCCGAUUACGUCGACAACCUUAUUCGUUUUCAGGUAAUUUACGUAUGAAAAAUAAGCAAGAGUUGAGAGGAAGAAGAGGAGAAUUUUCAGCACCAGCUUCAAUGAGGACAUCUCCAACAAACAGUGGACUUCUUGUAGCAACUGCAACGCUUCCUUCUUCUACUAGUGACAGCACCAUGGAGGAGUUGCAGGCUGCAAUUCAAGCUGCAAUUGCUCAUUGCAAGAAUUCAAUUGCAAAGGAAGAGAAACUAAAUUGCUUAGACUAGAUUGAUAAGGUGAAAAUGUUCCAUUCAAGUUCUAUUAUUACUUGCACAUUUGUAUUAUAUAAAACAGAAUUCUAUAUCUGAAGAGUUUGAAUAUGAAGAAUUUUAUAAAGGAUUACUACGUUAAAAGAGUUCAA